AUGUCCGAACGAGGCUCUUUCCGGGGUGGUCGUAGCCGCGGCGGAGGUCACGACAGGUCUGGCGGUCGUGGCGGUGGUCACUCCUCCCAGCACAGGGGUGGCGGUGCAGGUGGCGGUGCGCAACAGCAACAGGAGAAACCCAAGAAGGAAAACAUCCUUGACUUGUCCAAAUACAUGGACAAGGAGGUGAAGGUGAAGUUUAAUGGAGGACGAGAGGUUAGCGGUAUGCUCAAGGGUUAUGAUCAGCUCAUGAACCUGGUGUUGGAUGAUGUCAAGGAAAGCAUGCGUGAUGACGAGGGAAACGAAACUACUCGCUCCCUUGGUCUCAUCGUCGCCCGCGGCACUCUGAUUGUGUUGAUUUCUCCAGCCGACGGCAGCGAGGAGAUCGCCAAUCCUUUCGUCCAGCAAGAAGAAUAG